AUGGCACCUCCAACUCAUAACCGUACUAACAACACUGAGAAUGGUCCCAUAGAGGGCAACGAUGCUGGAAGCGAAAAAAACACCACUGCCAGCCAACACUCGGAAGCCUUGAGUGCAUUGGCAGCACAACUAGUGAACUUACUAGAAAUGGGAACCAAUGCCGGGCGCGAGGGAGGAACAACUAAAGAAGGUCAAGAGUUUAGUGAAUCUAGGUUCUCUUUCAAGAAGUUUCAUAAUGAAAAACAUGACCAUGUUGAUCUUGUCGCUCAUACUUCCUUGAAAGCUCUUGAUUCUUGCCUUUGGUACCUUGAUAGUGCUUGCUCCAAGCAUAUGUUGGGCGAUAAGUUUAUGUUUAACAGUUUAAAUGAGUACAGGGGUGGCAGUGUUACAUUUGGAGAUGGAAAUCAUGCUCAGAUCAAAGGAAUGGGUUCAAUAGAAAUUAGAGGAAUUCCGGAGAUUUGUGAGGUGCUUUAUGUGAAGAAUCUUAAAGCCAAUCUUCUUAGCAUCAACCAGAAAUGUGACGAAGAUUGUAUUGUUCAAUUCUCAAAGGAAUGCAAUGUGUUCGAUGAUGAUGGAAAAUGGAUUAUGGGAGGAGUGAGGACAUCUGAUAAUUGCAAUGGGAUUGGCCCUACGACCUCUCUCAGUUGCAAGCAUGCCAAGCUGGACAUUGAGAAACUAUGGCAUCAACGUCUGGGUCAUUUGAACUUCAAGGACCUUUACAAGGCCCCUAUGGAUGAGCUGAUGAGUGACUUGCCCAAGUUAGGUAAACUUGAAAGAAUGGUGUGUGGGCCCUGUUAG